CACCAGUCCGGCGAGAAGUGAGCUUGGUCCGCCGCAUUCCGAUGAUGCUUGCUGCGUGGAUUGUACCUGACCGCAGUAAAACUGUUGAGGGAUUUCAGUUGAAAAAUAUCUUGGCCGGUGGAAGGAUAUCUCAUAAACACUCGCACUGAUUACCGGACGGACACGUGAAUCAAUCGUCCCAAAUUUUUUUUUACUACCUCCACCAACGUCUUCGCCGCCUCCGUUGACCCUAACGUUGUCACCAUCCUCACCACCAUCAUCAUCAAAGUUGUUAUUGUUUCUGUUUGUUGUUAUUGUUGUUUCGCUAUUGCAAUUAGACCAUUAACUGGAUUCCGGAAUUCCUCGCUCGGAGUUACAACAGUUGCGCGCAUUCGCACAUACACACACCCUUGCUCCUCAUUCUUGUGUGAGGAUAUAUUUCCCCGAAAAGCUGCGCUCCAGUUCGUAUCGCAACCUUUUGCCGAAGACACGGACGGGCUCGUUUAAAAAGCUAGGCGCGGAAAAGUUGGUGGUUUGUUGUUCUCGGCCAUAGAAGAGGCAUCGUCGUCGGAGGGUAUCGGUAUCGAGAGCACCGAGAUAACUAUGGUUCGGUAGCCGCUUGGAUUUUUAAUUUAAAACACAUGGUGAGACGCGGCGAGGAGCCCCGGUUAGAGAUGGUGGGGUCAUGCGUGCCGGGCUGUGCACGGUGAGCGCCCCUCUGGCCGCGUGCAGCCCAGCCGCCGGCGCGCUCCCACCGGCCGCCCGCUUCCUCGCACUCCACCUCCUCCAUCAGCAGACACUCUACUUCAUCGUCCAGGCCAAAUCCCGGGUUCGGGAACUCUACCACCAGACAUGCCUCCACUUCGGCCAUCAGGGCAUGCUAGACACGGACCUCUUCGGACUUGCCCUCAUAUGCGAUGGAGAGUACCUGUUUGCAGAGCCAGAUAGCAAAUUAUCGAAGUAUGCACCUAAGAGUUGGAGGUCCUCGCACAGCCAUGGGCUGGACGCGAACGGACGUCCGGCAUUGGCCUUCUACUUCCGCGUCCAGUUCUAUGUGGACAGUCCUCUGCUGCUGCGGGACGAGACGACGCGCCAACAUUACUACCUCCAGCUGCGGCUCAACGCGUCGUCGGCGGCGGCCGGGGAGCACUCAGUGCGGCUGGCCGCACUGGCCCUGCAGACCGAUCUUGGCGAUCGCAACGAAACAUCAACAACCUACAGACCGGAGGAUUACGUCCCUCCGACAAUGCGGGAACCAGCGGUGCUGCGCGCCCUCGAGUCGGCCCAUCAGGCCCUCAGGAACGUAACCAAGACGGAGGCGCGGACGCGAUUCAUCGCAGAGGCGUGUCUGCUGCAGGACCAGCCUAUCAACGCGCACCUCUUCCGGUUGCGCGCCUCCAAGACGGAGACGUCUCCCGGCUCGCUCAUGCUGGCCGUGUGCGCCAGGGGAUUGAGGGUAUGCCCUGACAACAAUCCGCCUUCAAUGUUCCUCUGGAGUUCCAUAGGAAAGCUGAGCUUCGAGCGUAAGAAAUUCGAGAUCCGCACUGGUCAUGAAAAGCUAACGCUGUACACCAGUAGCGACGAGAAGAGCCGACUCCUGUUAGCUCUGUGCAAAGCAGCUCAUCAAUUUAGCAUGGCCGUGGCGCCACGGCUGAACGAGGCGAAGCGCGAGGAGGAGGAACGACAGAGGUGGAGUUGCGAACAGCGCAUCUCCGUCAUAUCAAGUACCUCUUCGAACACGACUUCGGGUAUAGUGAGCGAUAGGGUUCAUUCGGAGGAUGAGUUAGAGAUCAUGAUCACAAGUCCUCCGGCACAAUCCACCGAGAGCCUGGCGUUGGCACAUUUGUUGGACAGCGCUCCAGCUAGCAGCAGGACAUCGAACGCUUCGGCCACAGUGCCACUACUAUCGCACACUGUACUUGCUAUUGCGGACGUCGAAGAACCGGACAACGUGAAGAUCGGGACGUGCAGUGAUAGUUCGACGAAGACAACAGCCAAGUUCGCCAACGGCUCGCAAUGCAGCUCAUCUUGCAGCACGGUCGUUGUAACUGCGCCAAUGCAAACAAAAGCUAAAGGCCGAAGACCCUCCACUAGCAGCAGUCUAGAGCUAGGGUAUUCGCACACGGCGCAGAACUCGGUGGUCAGCGAUGCUACAUGUAUAGAGCUAGACAAUCCUGCUGAUCCAGUUUACACGUCGGGACCGGCGCCCAGCAGCCACACCAGCGGUGUCUACACUUUAAGCUCCAGCGAACAGUACAGCACAGUACCGAGCGCAGGGGCUGACGAUCCUACGAUUGAACAAUUUGGUGCUAGUCUUGAUGUGGAUGAUCAGGUGGAUGGGGCCGGUAGCAUUGCCGCCAGGUUUCGGGAUCGUUCGAACUCGAACGUCAGCAACUCUGGUUCCUUCAGGGGCGACGGCAGUGAUCCCACCGAUAAUCAGCAGACUUUAUUGUCUGCUGAGGAGCUCUCAGAUCUGAUCGUAGGACGGUAUCCGUCGUGUAAAAGUGUCAGCAACACGCUCGACUCUGAUUCAGAUUAUGUGACGCUUCCGUCGACGUACCAGGGUUACGUUCCGGUACCGCCGAAGAGAGUUGAUUCUGCGUUUCGAUUACCGCCGCCACCAUACGGUGCGCAAAGCUGUUUGGUUGGAGGUGGAAUUGAGGAGACCAUAUCUGAGAUUCUGUUGCGAGAACCGCCGCCCUACCCGGAGAGCUGCGUCGUGCCUCCUCCUGUUUAUCCAUCGGAGGAAGCCACAGCCAGAUUUAUAACAACCAGGUCUCCAAGUAUCUUGACGGCGCAAACGAGCAUCGUGGGUCUAACUUCAUCUCCGAGUUAUUCGAACUCGGUGGUGGGUGUGCCGCCUAUACCGCCGAAGGUGCCCAGAUCUAUCAACGCUAUUAUCUCGACGAACAACUAUUUGGACGUAGGUGCAAGCAAAGGAGUGUUGGUGCCGUGCACUUUCUUGCCACCGCCACCGCCUCCUGCUCCUAGGCAGCCUCCUCCACCUCCGCCGCCUCCACUAGCGACAGUUUACACCAAUCAACUGUCCAGAUCGCAGAUUGAACAAUAUCAGCAGCAGAUGUACAGCGAUGUCGAUUUCGUCGUGUUCCCGCUGAAGGAGCCCGCGAUUACCAAGCAAGAGUAUCUGGAGGCGAAGCAGGGUUCGCUCUUGGCAGCGCUGGCCGCUCAGCAGCCCUUGUUUUACAGCUCCACGCCUUACUUGCAUCGUUACGCCUCCAGUCAGAACCUGUCCGAUACUUACGUGCAGUUGCCCGUCUACGGUGCAGCACCUAGCAUAUCAUCGACCGGAAGUCUAGAUCCACCUCCACCGCCUCCGCCUCCUUUGCCCCCAAAUAGACCGAACAGAUUCCUGAGGACAAGGUCGGACGAUAACAUUUUGAACACUUUGGAGAUGAUGGCUACGCCACAGUAUCCACCCAAAUUCCGCAGACUUCCAACACGACCGCCGCCGCCACCUCCGCCGCUUCCUCCUUCCUCCACCAAAACCCCGCUGGACAUCAAGACGUUACGCGAGAAAUCCAAGAAGAUGGACCUGCCGUUAAUCGCAGCACUCUGCAACGAUCGAUCGCUUAUCAAGCAGACCAAAGCAUUCGUGAUGCCGAAGCAUCCGAACGACUUUGCUCCACCCGGAAAUAGUUCGCGAUCCGGAAAAUAUCCAGUUUCCGGCUUGAGCAGCAGACGAAAAGUCCCGACCGUCGCCCAUCGUCAUCCUGGCGAUAAACUACCGGAAAUUCCGCAGGAGAAACCCUCGCAUCUGCAGCAACAGCAGCAGCCGCAGCAGCAGCGCGCAACCCCCAACAAUUACGUGUUCACAUCAUCCGUUAAGCACACAAAACUGCAACAGAAACAUUGAAUCACUAGUUAAGAAACGACGAAAGAAAGAGAGGAACAUAAUUCCCAGUGCUAAAAUAAUGAAAUACGCAGACAUAUAUUUUUUUAUUCUUUUUCUUUGAAACAUAGAGGAAAGAAGGUAAUAACUCUCAGGGUGCCAUUUUAAAAUUUAUAAAAUUAAUUAUAAUAAUAGUAAUCGUCCAUUCCCUCUUUAUAUUUAUAUAUAAAUAUUGACAAUUAUUAUUAUUUCAAUCAUAUUCAUUUUAUUUUUGUAAUCGAGGUGUCGUUUGUGACCGACUGAAAAGAAGAGUGCAGUUAACUAUUUUAAAGUGUUUUUUUUCUUUUAAUUAAUAUUUUUUUGUACAUAUAGCCACAUCAUCAUUUCCAAUAUUAUGAUUUCUAUUUUUUAUUGUUUACAUUUAAGUUCUAGCAAAAACGUACUUGCUCAAACUGUUUUUUUUUUAA